AUGUUCCCUGCAGAGACAAAGCUGAAUUAUGUGGAGAGUCGGGUUCCGCGGACUGUGGAAAUUGCGGGGUGGGUUCGGAAAUUCAAGAGGAGUCACCUACAGGAGGAAAGCAAUGCCAAGAAGGAGGGAGAUCUGCUAUCAGCCCAGGCCCGGCUUAAGGACCUGGAAGCAUUGCUCAAUUCCAAGGAGGCAGCUCUGAGCACAGCCUUGAGUGAGAAGCGUACUCUGGAUGGGGAGGUGCAUGAACUCCGGGGCCAGGUGGCCAAGCUAGAGGCAGCUCUGAGUGAGGCCAAGAAACAACUUCAGGAUGAGAUGCUGAGGAGAGUGGAUGCUGAGAACAGGCUGCAGACGCUGAAGGAGGAGCUAGACUUCCAGAAGAACAUCUAUAGCGAGGAGCUUCGUGAGACCAAACGUCGCCAUGAGACUCGUUUGGUGGAGAUUGACAGUGGGAAGCAGCGGGAGUUUGAGAACAAGCUGGCCGAUGCCUUGCAGGACCUUCGGGCUCAACAUGAGGAACAAGUGGAACAGUAUAAGAAGGAGCUAGAGAAGACCUACUCUGCCAAGCUGGACAAUGCCAGGCAGUCAGCGGAGAGGAACAGCAACUUGGUGGGGGCUGCCCAUGAAGAGCUGCAGCAAUCUCGAAUCCGCAUUGACAGUCUUUCUGCCCAACUCAGCCAGCUCCAGAAGCAGCUAUCUGCCAAGGAGGCAAAGCUUCGGGAUCUGGAGGAUGCUUUGGCCCGGGAGCGGGAUACCAGCCGGCGGCUGCUGGCUGAGAAGGAGCGAGAGAUGGCAGAGAUGCGGGCCAGGAUGCAGCAACAGUUGGAUGAGUACCAGGAGCUGCUGGAUAUCAAACUGGCCUUGGACAUGGAAAUCCAUGCCUAUCGCAAACUCCUGGAAGGAGAGGAGGAGAGGCUGAGGCUGUCCCCUAGCCCCACAUCGCAGCGAAGCAGGGGCCGGACCUCCUCGCACUCAUCUCACACCCAGAGCGGGGGCAGCGUCACCAAGAAGCGAAAGCUGGAGAGCAGUGAGAGCCGCAGCAGCUUCUCCCAGCAUGCCCGCACCAGUGGCCGAGUGGCUGUGGAGGAGGUGGAUGAAGAGGGCAAGUUCGUGCGGCUGCGCAACAAGUCCAAUGAGGACCAAUCCAUGGGCAACUGGCAGAUCAAGCGCCAGAAUGGCGAUGAGCCUCUGCUGAGUUAUCGCUUCCCCCCCAAAUUCACUCUCAAGGCUGGGCAGGUGGUGACGAUCUGGGCCUCGGGGGCAGGAGCCACCCAUAGCCCUCCCACUGACAUGGUGUGGAAGGCACAGAGUUCUUGGGGCUGUGGAAAUAGCCUUCGCACUGCCCUCAUCAGUGCCACUGGAGAGGAGGUGGCCAUGCGUAAGCUGGUUCGCACAGUGACUGUCAAUGACGAUGAUGAAGAUGAGGAUGGAGAGGUCCUGCUCCAUCACCACCACGGUGCCCACUGCAGUGGCUCGGGGGACCCGGCCGAGUACAACCUUCGUUCUCGCACCGUGUUGUGUGGGACCUGUGGGCAGCCAGCUGACAAGUCCGGGAGCGGUGCUGGGGCCGGGGCUGGUGGCUCUGUCUCCUCUGCCUCCUCAGCUUCCAGUGUCACUGUUACUCGAAGCUACCGAAGUGUUGGGGGCACUGGGGGCAGUGGCUUUGGGGACAGCCUGGUUACCCGAUCCUACCUCCUAGGGAACUCGAGACCCAGAACCCAGACUCCCCAGAACUGCAGCAUCAUGUAACCUGGAGAACCUGGUGUGGGGAGAGCCCAGCAGCCCGUCUGCUUCUUCUUCCCAUUUCAUGCCAAUUUUCUCCCCCUCCUCCUUUCCUGGAGGGAGAGUCUGAAGCCAAAAAAAACCCCAAACAAAACAAAAAGCAACCCCCCAACCUUUCUAUGGUUUUUGUUCUCCUUCCCUGGAUCGUUCCUGUGUUUUGUGUUUUUUUUCUAAAAGAAGUUAUUUUCUACAGUGGUUUUAUACUGAAAGAAAAACACAAGCGCAAAAAAAAAAAAAAAGAAAAAAGGAAAAAAAAGGGAAAAAAACAGUCCCCUCUCUCCAUAGUGGUCUAUCCCUCUUUUCCCUUCCUCUAAACCCCAAACCCCCAUAUUUUAAGCCAAAGAGGGUUUCCUGUAGGGGCCAAGGGGGGGAGAGGUGAUUUUAGAGUCUUGCUUUUGCUUUUUGAUGCCCCCUACUUCUAUUUCAAAUAUCCUCCUCCCCUCAUAUAACCAGGAACCCUCCCAAAUGGUGCCUGAUCUGAAGGUGGAAAAAGUCGCCUGCCCAGCUGCUUUCUGUCCUAUGAGGAACAAGGGUUUUCUCCUUGCUGUUCCAGGGGGUGGCCAGCAUGCUGGGAGAAAGGGCACUUGGGCCAUUCCCUCUGCUGAGGUUUCUCUGUUCCCUCGGGGGCUACUCUUGCCUUCUUCCUUCCACUCUGCCCCCAGCUACAGUGCCUUUACUUGCAUUUUAUUUAGACAAGGGAUGGGAAUGAGGGGAGAGGGGAAUGGAGGAGAGGUGCUGAGUUUGAGUCUCUGCUCUCUACCUGCUUUUAGGUUUGGUGGGCUCCAUUUAUGUCACUGAAAGUUGAUGAAAGGAGAGGAGGAGAGUGAGGGGGAGGAAAGGCCACCCCUGGAGCUGGGAAAAUAACCUACCUGAAUCCUAGCCCCUGAAGAGAAAAGGGGAGUAUGUAUGUGUGUUUGGGGGCUGGGUGGAAAAGUAGAUUUUUCAGGUGGUUUUUAGGCAAACACUAAGGAGCCCCUUACCCCAAACCCCUAACCCAUCCGCUUUCUCCUACCCUGCCCCCCAACAAAUCAAUACACUAGACUUUUCUGUCCC